GGCGGCGGCGGCGCGAAACCGCGUUGCGUCUGGAGGGCGAGCGCCGGUGGCUUCGGUCCUAUCUCGAGGAGCACCCGCGGAGCUUUCUGGAAACCCGGAUCGUGCCGCCUCUUCAGGCAGACUUGGAGGUCCUUGAACUCUGCUGGCAGAGCAAACGAAUAAGCCAUGUUUCAUACACAUCUGGAACGGAGCAGCGCCAAACCUCUUCCCGUGGUGAUUAUAGGAAAUGGCCCCUCAGGGAUCUGCUUAUCGUAUCUGUUGUCUGGCAACAUUCCCUAUGUCAGAAGGAACUCCGCUCAUCCUAAUCCCAUCUUGCAAAGGAAGUUAGAAGAGACACCAGAGGUUUCCAUUGUAGAUCAGGAUAUAGAAUACUUAUCUGAAGGCUUAGAAGGCCGAUCUUCCAGCUCAGUGGCUCUCCUUUUUGAUGCUCUGUUGCGUCCAGAUACAGACUUUGGUGGGACAGCUGAUUCUGUACUCACUUGGUGGCAUGAAUCUGACCGAGCUAUCCCUCAUCUGGUUCUUGGCAAAACCUUCCCUGGAGGAGCCUGGCAUUCUAUUGAGGGAUCCAUGUUCACCCUGAGCCAAGGAGAUUGGAUGGGGCUUCCUGAUCUUCAGUUCAAAGACUGGUUGAGUAAGAAAAAAAGAGGCUUCAGAAACAAUAGGGCAACUGCUGGCGACAUAGUUCAAUACUAUCAAUAUUACGUGGCCAAGAAAGGGCUCAAGAAGAAUUUUGUAUGUGGAACUCUGGUAACAUCUGUGAAGAGACUGAGCUUGGAUUCAGAAGAUGGCUGUGGUGGUCAGGAUUCCAAGGACAGCAGUUCUGUGUGGGAUUUAUCCCAGAAAUCUCAAGACAGCAGGGACAGUCUCUUCCAGGUUGAUGGAUUUGUCACCAAUAUCAGUGGCACUCAUCCCUUUUCAGUUUAUGCAGAAAAUGUGGUCUUGGCCACUGGGACAUAUGAUAGCCCAACCCAUCUUGGGAUCAAAGGGGAGCAUCUCCCUUUCAUCCAUCAUACUCUGUCAGCUCUUGAGGAGGCUGUAAAGAACAAGGAAAUUGGCAUCAUGUCUGACCCAAUUUUGAUCGUAGGAGCUGGGUUAACAGCAGCAGAUGCAAUCCUCUUUGCACACCAUUGUAACAUUCCUGUGAUCCAUGCUUUUCGCAGGCGAGUAAAUGACCCAGCCCUCAUCUUCAAUCAGCUUCCCAAAACAAUGUACCCCGAGUACCACAAAGUUCACCAGAUGAUGAGGGAGCAGGCCAACCCUUACCCAGGACCAUAUGAACAUUAUGUCAGCCUUCCUGAGCACCAUGUAGUCUGCUUUUUGGAGGACAGGAAGUGCAUCUUUUCUGAUAAGAGCGGCCAUCAGAAAAUACACAGAAUUUCCAUGGCUUUUGUUCUCAUUGGCUCCAAUCCCAACCUCUCCUACUUACCCAACAAUGGGAUGGACUUGGCCAUAGAUUGCGAGCAGCCAGUCAGUUCGAAGAGGAACCCCAUAGACGUUGAUCCCUUCACUUAUGAGUCAGUUCAUGAGAAGGGACUCUAUGCUAUUGGGCCAUUGGCUGGGGACAACUUUGUGAGAUUCGUGCAAGGUGGUGCUUUGGCCAUUGCCAGCUCUCUGCUGAAGAAGGUGAACAAAAAUCCUCCUUAAUGCUUGUGAAUGUGCCCUCUUCUCUGAAGGAUGACUCUUUGCCAACCUUUGAGAAUGGGCAUUGGAAGCGUAGCUGUGUUUUCAGAUAUGAAGUCUCUCCUUGAAAGCCCUUUCAAAGUUGGCUGGGCUAUGCUGAGUGUCCGAUCCAAGCAGAUAAAAGCAGGACGCUUGAAGAAGGUUGACUUCUUAAUCUCCCCACCUCCUUUACAAACAGAGGGUAGGGGUGGUUUAGGAAAGCCUUACUGGAUCUCAUGGUGCAAAUCAGGCAUUGCCUUGGUUAAAUCUGAAAGAAGUUAUUUCUCCAUGGACAACCUGAAGAGCCCUGUCCACAUGCAGCAAAAGCAUUGUUUGGAUCCAAAAUAAUUGCUUUUGCUCAUGGAAGGGUGGUGGGCUUUCCAUUAACUAAUGUUCCCCGUAGUUCUUCAGAGCUUCUCAAAGUGGGGAGAACCUUCAGAACAGAUUUUCAGUGGGUCCAUGAGGUCAUAGCAAAGAGCGGGAGAAUCUGUUGUUCUCCCACACCAUGCGUGCGUGGAAGUGCUUUUCCACAAAUGGUGGGUAGAAAGAAGGUCUCCAUCCAGUUCGAAAGUUUAAGACAGACUCUCCCAACCAAGGCACCUUCCGGAUACACAGAAUUCCCCAGCCGUCAUGGCUCUCGUUGAGAAUUAAGGUGCCCAAGUGUGGGAGGGUUAAUCUAGGAGAACAUAAAUCUGCAUUAGCAAACAUCCUGGGAUUAUGGUUGGACUAACCAUUGUGCAGUGGUUACAAUUAACAGUGAAACACAACUGAUCAUUGUUGCUUCAGCUUCUCAGAAGUGAAGUUCAAAUAGCCUUGCAAAACCAUUUUGGAUACUACCACUCAAAUCUCAGGAUGUUCUUUAAUGUUUCUCUUGGACAGCACUGCUGACCAUGUUGAGUUUGAUGUGUACAGUUAAAUGUGCUACUAAUUUGUAAGUGAAUUUUGUAAAAUAAUAGUUUUUUUAAAAAAAUUUGUAUAUGGCUAUUUUUAAAUUAAAAAA